AUGGAUGAAAAUGGAUAUCCAACGUAUCGUCGUAGAAAUACUGGUGUUUGUCUAGGUCCAAAUGGAAAAUCUAUUGAUAACCAGUACGUUGUUUCUUAUAAUUCUGUAUUAUUAUUGUUAUUUGAUUGUCAUAUAAAUGUAGAAGUAGUGUCGAGUAUCAAAGCAAUAAAAUAUCUAUACAAAUAUAUAUAUAAAGGACAUGAUGCCGCUUCAAUCGUUUUAAUUGAUUCUAAUAAAAAUAUUGAACAUGAUGAAAUUAAAAAUCAUAUAGAGACUCGAUAUGUAGGUCCUGUUGAAGCAUGUGAUCGGAUUUUUGGGAGACCAUUGCAACAAAAAAGUCAUUCUAUAAUAAGAUUACCAGUGCAUUUGUCGAAUCAGCAAAAUGUUACUUUGACUGAUGAAGCUGGUGAGGAGUCUAUACGUGCAGCAAUGGACCAACAUACAAUGUUAAUGGAUUAUUUUGCUUUCAAUGAACGUGAUCCGUUGGCUAAGACAUUUACUUAUGCAGAAAUCUCUGAACAUUAUGUAUUUAAAAAAGGAUCAGGUCCAUGGCAAAAACGUAAAAAACAUUUCAACGUUAUUGGGAGAAUGUAUUCUAUUAGUCCGAGUCAAGUUGAAUUGUUCUACCUGAGAUUACUGCUAUUAACAGUUAAAGGAGCUACAAGUUUCGAAAAUAUCAGAGUGAUUGAUUGUGUAACACAUGACAGUUAUCACAGUGCAUGUUUGGCAUUAGGCUUAAUUGAAGACGAUGAAGAAUGGGAUCGUGCAAUGACAGAAGGUGGUGUGUGGAUGAUGCCUCAUCAAGUGCGGAAUUUAUUCGUUCGUAUUUUGAUUUAUUGCCAUCCUGUUAAUCCAGAGAAGCUUUGGGAAGAUCGUAAAGACUUCAUGGCUGAUGAUUUUAAAAGAAAACAUAGCUUGACUCAAUCAUAUGCAAGAGCAUAUCGAGAAAUAAAUAACCUUCUUUUAAGAGAAAAAUCAGAUCUUAGUAAAUUUCCAACAAUGCCAUCGAUGAUUGAAUUUGAGAAAAUAGAUAGUAUAAAUGAUAAAGAAAUCGUCAUCAAUCAUAAAGAAAUCGGCUCAGCUCAAUAUGCAAAUUUGAAUAUCAAACAAAAGAUCAUAGUUGAUCAACUAAUCAAUGCAACAUUGUACAGUGAAAAUGAUUCAUCAAAAACAUGUUUUUAUAUUGAUGGACCAGGUGGAUCAGGAAAAACAUAUGUUUACAGUACCAUUUAUCAUUUAUUGAAGAGUAAAAGAUAA